AUGGCCUGUCUAUGGUUGGUCAGUUUUCAGCUAGAUAGUCAUAGUACGGAAGAUUUAAAGUUCAUUUGGAGCGAGAAUGCCGUGUCCAUGGCAGACGAUAUAGAAUUUCCUCAAUUUCGAAUCACGAAAAUCAAAUCAUACAGCUGUGAGAAAGAUUAUUACGGCAUCGUAUACCCAUGUGUUGGUGUGCAGAUUGUUCUUGAAAGGAAUUAUGCUUUUCAUACAAUCCAAAUCUUCAUACCUAGUAGUCUUAUUGUAAUGCUGUCCUGGGUGAGUUUUUGGUUGGAUCCUACGUCAGUUCCAGCUAGGAUUUCACUCGGUCUACUGACUGUAUUGACUAUGACCACACAAAGUGCAGGCGCUAGAGCAAACUUGCCCCGUGUCUCUUAUGUCAAGGCCAUAGAUGUAUACAUGGCAACUUGUCUUACUUUCGUAUUCCUGGCGCUUGUUGAGUUUGCUGUUGUUAACGUGCUGAACAAUGACACAAAACAAACAGGAAAUGAUACAAGGACACAUCCGAGUACCACAAAGUGUAGAAAAAACGUCAAAGUAUCACCAGAGGUUCAAUCACUAGAAGAAGAGGAAUUGGACACGAAGGUAACAGAUAGGUCAAUGUGUACACGAGACAAUAUGAAUACGUUCAUGAAGUAUAUAAAUCCGAAAACCGUGGACAUCAUAUCUAGAAUACUGUUCCCGCUAAUGUUUGCAAUCUUCAAUCUUAUCUACUGGAUACACUACUUUUUCUUCGACAAACGUUUUGAAGAAGACUAGAUAACUGUUAAACUUAUAUAAGACAUGACAUGACAGUUUCGUUUAUACAAGACAUAUUUCACAAAACAGUGAGCUCAAUCUCCCUACACGGUUUUUACAACGCAUAUACAUAUAUACAUUACAAGCUAAAAGACUCGUC